CAAACCCUAUUUAAACCCCAAAAGCCAAACUUAAGCUCUCUCCUGCUCCCUCCAACACCCACCCUGAAAGAAAAUGUGGCGAGCCAUUGACGCUCACUCGAAAACAAUCCUCUUCUCUCUCCGUACAGCCCUCUUCUCUUACCCCCAAAAACCUCUCCCCAUCUCUUCUCUUAAACCACCGAAAUCCGGUCAUUUUCUCUCUCUCUUCAAAACCCUAAGUGUCUCUUCAUCAGCCUCUAGUACAUCCUUUUCCGUUAUCGCUUUCACCACACGCCACUGUAAUAAUGUUGCUUGCGGCGGCGGAGUUCGCGGUGGUAAUUUGGUGGUUGUGAGGUGCAUUUCUUCGAUCUCGGCCUCUGCGGCGCCGAAUCAGCAGCACACGGCGGUGGACUGGAAUGAGCCGGUAUCCUCUUCGGACGUAGGCGUUGGUGGUAAAGGCACGGGUGUCGAGGAGGACACCCGGCCGUCCAUUCCUGUUCGCGCCUUUUUCUUCUCUACUAGUGUGGAUUUGAAGAGCGUAGUGGAACGGAACAAGCAAAAUUUUAUACCACCAACGUCGCGAAUGACUAAUUAUGUUGUUCUUAAGUUUGGGAAUCUCUCUCAACCCUCUGGUUUGGGCUCUUGCAUAAGUGGAAGUAGUUGCUCUUACAUGGUAGUAUUCCAAUAUGGAUCCAUUGUUUUGUUUAAUGUCCGUGAACAUGAGGUUGAUGAAUAUCUGAACAUUGUAAGGAGACAUGCCUCAGGAUUGCUCCCUGAAAUGAGAAAGGAUGAGUAUGAGGUGAGAGAGAAGCCAACUCUAAACACAUGGAUGCAAGGUGGAUUGGAUUACAUUAUGUUGCAGUUCUUGAACACCGAUGGAAUACGGACAAUUGGUAGUGUUCUUGGUCAAAGUAUAGCUCUUGACUACUAUGGACGCCAGGUUGAUGAUAUGGUUGCUGAAUUUACUGACAUAAAUCGCGGGAUGGAAAAAACUGGAACAUUUUCUAUGGACAGUAAAAAGCUUUUUCAGAUAGUGGGGAAGGCCAAUUCUAAUCUUGCUGAUGUGAUUCUAAAGCUUGGGCUUUUUGAAAGAUCAGACAUAGCUUGGAAAGAUGCCAAAUAUGCUCAGAUAUGGGAAUAUCUCAGAGAUGAAUUUGAAUUAACUCAGAGAUUUGCGAGUCUUGAUUUUAAGCUGAAGUUUGUUGAGCAUAAUAUUCGCUUUCUUCAGGAAAUUUUGCAAAACAGGAAAUCAGACUUUUUGGAGUGGCUCAUCAUUGUGUUGAUUGGUGUCGAAAUCAUUAUAUCCGUUUUUGAUAUUGUCCACAGAUCAGGAUUUAAAUUCUUCUAAUCAGUUUACUAUCAAUGUCUUCUAUACACGAGUCAGACAUGAAAGGUUACGAUUGAGGUGGGACCUGCUGUAAAUUUUCCUUCCAAAUAACCUUCCAUCUUGUUUCUCGCAGCUUGUAAAUAGUUUUUCGGAUUGCAAAUUUUCCUUUCAAAUGACAGAGUUCUCGUUUGUGGAGCCAUGAUGGCGCAGCAA